GUAAUGUGGAAAUGGAUGCUAGAUAAUGCCUGUGAGGGAAUGUAGAGAUGACUUCAAAUAUAGCUUGUGAUCCUACUUUUCCAAUUAUAUUUUUCAAUUCCUUCAGACUACCUCUUCCUACAUAAACUGCUCUUCUUUUCUCAAUCGCUCGUUGACAAUUCCUCUAUAACUUUACGUACAUCUUUUGAUACCACUUUCACACCACGACUCUCCCAUUUCCACCAUGUCUACCUCAUACAGAAGCUCUUUCUGGGCUUGCUGCUCCCCCAUUAAUCUUUGCAUGAAAGCAUGGUGCUGUCCCUGCUUCGUCUCCGGCCGCAAUCACCACCGUAUCAAUCAUGGCAACGAUGUUGACUAUUCUUCCUGUAACGGCUCGUGCUGCGGUUGGUGUGUUCUUGCUCCCGUUGGAGGAUUAUCAUUCGUAUUGCAAAUGCUUGAUCGUCAAAACAUGCAGCAGAAACACGGUCUCGAAGGAAGCGGCUGUGGCGCCUGCAUGGCAUCCUACUGUUGUCCCUGCUGCGAAUUGAUGCAAACAAGCAAGGAACUGGAUUAUAUUCUCCUCGAGAAGAACGCCGGUGCACAGGGGUAUCAACCUCAGCCAGGAAUGGUUGCUGGUCCCCAGGCUGGUGGCUAUACUGAUAAGUGAAUGCCCUUUGAGGUGUUUCUUUCUGGUCAAAUUACUCUUUGCGCUGGUUUGGGUUAGGGACAGAUGGGUCGAAUCUUAUUUGGGAUAGAUAGGGAGUUUGUUUAUACCAUAAUUUUAUUACAUUGGAGUUCAAACCUAUUCCCUA